CUUAGGAGAGACUACAAAACAGAUCCCUGAACUGAACAAUAAUAAGGUCUGUGUUCUGUGAGACCAAAAAAUUGAAUUCACAUAAGGAUAUGGCAAGAAGAUGGUCCUUUUACAAGGAUUUGCUUCCUGUGGUUGUGAUUAUAGGCAACGAAUGCAAUGACAUGGGUUUACUCACUCUUUUCAAAGCAGCUACCUUGCAAGGGAUGAACAACCAUGUCUUUGUUGCUUAUGCUUAUGCUGUUGCUACUAUCAUACUCCUUCCUGUUACUAUUUUCCAUCGAAGGUCAAGAGUGGCUCCUCCACUCAGUUUCUCCAUAAUAUCCAAAAUUGUUCUUCUUGGGGUGAUAGGAAGUUCAGCUCAGAUGCUAGCAUAUGCUGGCACUAGUUACAGUUCUCCAACACUUGCUUCAUCAAUUGGUAAUCUGGUACCUGCUUUCACCUUUAUACUUGCCGUCACUUUCAGGAUGGAAAAAAUAGCUGCAAAAAGUAGAAGUAGUCAAGCUAAGGUAAUGGGAAGCAUAAUAUCAAUAGCAGGUGCAUUUGUACUGACUUUCUAUAAGGGCCCAUCAAUCAUCAAUGGUCAUUACCAUCUUCCCUCACCACUUCAACAACAACUAAUUAACAUUCUUAAUUCUGAGGAUGCAAGUUGGGUCAUUGCUGGCAUUCUGCUGAUAGCUGCAUAUGUACUGACUUCACUAUGGUACAUUGUACAGGUGGAAGUCUUGAAAGUGUUCCCGGAUGAACUAACUACGGUCUUCUUGUAUGACGUGACUGCCACCAUCACAACAACAAUUGUUUGUUUAUUCACAGCGCCAAAUACAAGUGCUUGGAAAAUUGGACUAAAUAUUUCACUGAUCUCUAUUGUCUGCUCUGGAAUAUUUGGAAAGUUAGUCAGCAAUGUAGUUUACACCUGGGCAGUGCACUUAAAGGGGCCUGUCUUUGUUUCAUCAUUCAAGCCACUCCAAAUUGUUAUUGCUGUUGCCAUGGGAGUUAUGUUCCUUGGUGAUACUCUUCACUUUGGAAGUAUAGUUGGAGCCACAAUAAUAUCAUUUGGCCUUUAUGCUGUAUUGUGGGGCAAAGCAACAGAAGAGAUUGAGGAAGAUGUUGGUAGCCUUGAAUCACCAACUACUGAGAAUGUUCCUCUCUUGCAAAGCUACAUAACUAAAACUUCUGACAAGAAUCCAGAUAGAAACUAUUGUAAGACAAGCAAACCAUAAGGAAUCCAUUUUUCUGGUCAUAGAACAGCAAAGUUCACAAUGCUAUGAUGAACAAAACUGUGGUUUCAUUGUCUCCCAAAGGUGAUAUGAAGUUGUCUUCCAAACCAAGUUGUUUACCCUCUAAGAGGAUAGUGAAUGGAAGAUUUUCAAUAGUUCAUUGGAUAUAAGACAAUGGAUGGGAUUUCGUUGAAUAGAAGUUCUUUCUUGUCUACUUUCACCAUUAAGCAAGGCUAAUGAUACAUAGCUUGCAAGUGGGGGCAACCUUUGUUCAAGUGUUUUAUGGAAAAGCUAGCAUUUUUCUGUCUAGUAUCAUGUCAUUCUCAAUGUAUACAUGUACAGGAUAAAU